GUAUUUCAGGUACAAGUUACACAGCAUAGGCAGGCAUGGUGAAGUGAGGAUACAAAUACUGACCGAUAGCUGGCCUACUACUGGAUGGAACAAUGCUCCGGGAUCCAGGCUGACCGUUGUGAUGAGGGUGUUUAUGUUAAGCUUCGAACGCGCAAAGGGCUCAGCACAGGACUCGCUGGAUCGAAAUGCCGGCACGGAUAAUGGAUAUGUACGUAGCGAGGUAUGCGUAUUUCUCUGACCGGGCGGUUUGCAAUAUCUCAAUGGUCCGUAUCUCGCAUCUGCUUCACAUAGCAAUGAUGAACAUACCGAUGACCAGGAAAAUCCACCCUCCACUCUUAUGAGCAUGUGCACGCUCUAAAAGUGCAACAAAAUGUCUAUCGAGAACGGAUAAGUAGUAUCCGGUGCUUAUUGAUCAAUACGACACGGUCCUGUCUAUUCUAAAGGUACCUCCGGGCCAAGGAGGUAACACUCACUGAUUGGUAGACGGUGUUCGGCUGGCCUCGCACAAAACCCCCUUUCAGGAUCAGAAUGUAGACGUUUCCGUGCCCGUUUGUACAUAUGUACGAUAACAUAUUACGCGGCUCACGCACAAUGUAACAUAUGACUGCUCUACACUCUCGUCUAUUCCACCAGAAACUGAAGCUGCACGGUACAUAGGUACCUUCAAAUGGUUGAGUGGUUGCAUCACGUGAUGAGUGCCCCGCGCACUAGUAUCACUGGUCGGGAGGAACAUGCGCAGGUACCGAGGCAGCCAUCUAUCAAUGAGGUUUUUCUUGCUUUAGGGAAAGGUCAACAAAUGCUGGCACAGCUGGCUCAGUCUGAUUAUACAUUGCUUCUAUACCUCGAAAUUGAUUGCUUGAGCUAGCCAUGGCCGACAGCGAUUCCCCUCAGCAGGCUGAAAAUGAUUACUUCUCCAACGAACCGCCACCAAAGGAUCUGAAGGCCAACAUCACGCUCGCACGCGAAUUCAUCCGUCGUCAUGGAGAUGAAGGCCGCCGUCUGGUCCUGGUCACCUCGGGAGGUACUACAGUACCUCUUGAGACGCACACAGUGCGCUACAUCGAUAACUUUUCCGCUGGAACACGUGGCGCAACAAGCGCCGAGUACUUUCUCCAGCAUGGUUAUGCUGUCAUUUUUCUGCACCGCCAGUUCUCCCUCCUGCCUUACUCACGUCAUUAUUCCCACAAUACUCGCUCGUUCCUCGACUACAUGCGAGAAGAGAAUGGCCGUGUCGUGGUUGAUGAGCAGCAGUCAGCCGAUAUGCUCGAGGUCCUGCGUCAGUACACAAACGUAAAACGUGAAGGCCGCUUACUUAUCCUGUCCUUUGUCACAAUCACUGAAUACCUAUGGGAUUUGCGCGAGGUUGCCAAACUUAUGCGACCAUUGGGGCCCAAAGCCAUGUUUUACCUCGCCGCUGCCGUGUCCGAUUUCUUCGUUCCAAAGGACCGCAUGGUGGAGCACAAGAUUCAGUCCAACGAGGAAUUUCAUCAAAAUCACGGUUCCAGUGAUGAUACCAAGAAGCCGGCUGCUCGUACCGACGGCCGCAAACUGGUUAUAGAUUUGGAGCCUGUGCCCAAGUUCUUGAAGCAAUUGGUUGACGGAUGGGCUCCGGAUGGCAUCAUAGUCAGCUUCAAGCUUGAGACCGAUCCAGCUAUCUUGGUGAAGAAGGCCCAGUAUUCUCUCAAGAAAUAUUCUCACCACUUGGUUAUCGGAAAUCUAUUGCUAACCCGGAAAUGGGAGGUGGUUUUCGUCUCUGCCUUGGAAGGCGAAAAAUGGAUCCGUGUUCCUCGCCAUCGUCGGACAAAGAGUUUCUCCGGCGUGGCUUCGCUCGUUGGCACUGCUGAUCAGUCUUCGAAAACUGAAGAGUUUUCCUCGCUAUUGGAGUCCGAGAAUACCGAAACACAGGGAGAGCCUGUUGUUGAGAUUGAAUCCCUCAUCAUUCCAGAGAUACAGCAGAUGCACACAAAGUAUAUCGAACGAACUUUAGCAAGACCUGCUUCAUAGAAACAUAAGCAAGAUCUUUACACACAAACUACCAAAGACUAGGGUUUGCCCUCUAGUGUUCACAGUGGUCAUAUUACUUGGUCACAUUUCACUCCGAAACUAGCAUGCGCUGUGUUAUUGUGUAUUCAUUAGUAUCAGUACUGAAAAUAUUGACCGAAAUGCUAGUAGUUGAAACAACUGGGCUGAAUUACUCGCCUGGAUGAAAACAACUCCCUGUUUCAAGCCAGUGCUAACGAGGAACAUCUGCCAGGGAGAUCGAUACGAGGAUAUAUGCGCGUAUGAUCGCUCGUUCAAACGUCACUUUCUAUUAUAGUCUCAGCCCUCAUGCUCCUGCACUACAUAUCCCCAGUAUGGUCAUCUCAUGGUACUAGGUGUCUGGAACAGGAGCGAAUCCCUACUAGCAGCCGGCGCAUUGAAGGUCUUGUUAAGUUCGUAAACCAACCAACCCAACAACAAGUUAGGAUUCGCCAUACAGCGCCUCUGCCAACCAUGAAUGGAAGCAAAUCAUGGCCGACGUAUCAAGAUUUCUGGGUGGACACAUGUACACAAGACUUCGCUGACAGUUGGCGAAAACUGAUAUUCAGGGGAACCGUGGACUUCAUCAGCUGUUCUCUAACAGAAGAAGAAAGCAGUAGGAUCAAGAAUAUUAGUCAUAAGCGCUGUAAAAUGCCAAAGCACAAAAAGAAGAGCUUCAUGUUCCACGUUGGCCGUCAUCAAC